AAGCCUCCAGGCGUGGUGGUGUUACUGAACAACGCACUAAAAUAAGACAAACAGAAGCCAAUGUUUGGAAGGGUUAUGGGUAGACUAUUGUCCAAUGGGCUAUAGGCUAGGCACCCUAAUGCAUUUGUUUAUGAAUAACAUCCAGUUUAUAUCCCAAUGCGGUAUUUUAAUUUCCAUUUCAUUCCAGUUCCAUAAUUCAUAACGGGUCCCAUCAGGCUGCGCUGCGCAUGACACAAUUUUGGUCUCAGUCGCCAGAGCGCGCAUGCACGGCGUGGCAUAAUAGCGCGUCGACGCGCAAGGUGGUGCUGAUGUGAGGGGUUCUUCUGCCGCUAGAGCAAAUGUUUAAUUUUUUUUAUGGAGAGAGCGUUCGAAGAUUUUCCGUUGUCUAAAUACACAAUACUGAAUUUGUCCGCUGGUCAAAAGGGGGAAAUAAACGACGUGCGACCAUGUGGAUAGCUGUGGUCACAUGCGGUGACAUCGAUGUAAAUUAUGCUUAAAUUGUUUUGUAGAAAGCGGCGAGUUGCUCGGUUUCCGUAGCGGUAGUGGUGACAGCUGCGGGAGCCCGUGUGUGAGGGAGAGGGAGGAGUGGUGUGUGUGUCUGCUCGGUGGCGGUGUGGAGAUGGCAGCGGGGGGUUGAGAAGGCAGAUGCUGCAGACAUGCCUAGCUGGCUAUCGCCGUCUCUCUGUGAAAGGUUAUCGGCAACUGGUGUCUGUUGAAGCGAAAGAGCGCCUAAUAAACCUCGGAACCCAGAUCAGUUGAUUGGAACAUGUCAUCGACAGGGUCAGCGGCGGCAUCACAGUGUCUCUGAUCCGUCAAUCAAAUCACACGCACUGGAAUUACAUGAGUGGCGCGCGGGGUUGGGCGGAUGUGCCAGAUGAACCAUCGCCGGCAGACAUGGGAAAAAAGGUCAACAAUCGCCUGAUUUAAAUUUCAUGAUUCUGGAAGUUUUUCAUUAAGAUGAUUAAUGCCAUUUUCUAAUAAUCGCGAUCAUCAACGAUAAAUAGUCUAUUCACAUCAAUCAAUCAUUGUGUUUAUUAGCCAGCGGCAGCGAGUAGCGUACAGAGAGCAGAGGAUAUCGCCCAUAUCAUUACAGCGAUACACGCCUAUAGGACUGUAAGCACCAAGCAGCAAAUAUGAUGUGCGAGGUGAUGCCAACGAUCACCGAGGGGGACUCGGGGGGUCCUCCCCGGGGUGGAGGGGCUCAGAACGGCUCGGACCCGGAAGCCAACUUCGAACAACUGAUGGUCAACAUGCUGGACGAGAGAGACAAGCUGCUGGAGUCCCUGCGCGAGACCCAGGAGACACUCAUCCAAUCACAGACCAAGCUGCAGGGUGCGCUGCAUGAAAGGGAUGUGCUCCAGCGUCAGAUCUACGCCGCUCUACCUCAGGAGUUUGCCACUCUGACCAAGGAGCUGAACGUGUGUCGGGAACAGCUGCUGGAGAAAGAAGAGGAGAUAUCUGAACUGAAGGCUGAGAGGAACAACACCAGGCUUCUCUUGGAACACCUGGAGUGUCUGGUGUCUCGUCACGAGCGCAGUCUGAGGAUGACCGUGGUGAAGAGACAAGCUCCUCCUCCCUCUGGGGUCUCCAGCGAGGUGGAGGUCCUCAAGGCCCUCAAGUCCCUGUUCGAACACCACAAAGCCCUGGAUGAGAAGGUGCGUGAGAGGCUUCGGGUGGCUCUUGAGAGAGUGACUACACUAGAGGGACAGUUAUCAGCCACAACUCAGGAGGUGUGUGUGUGUUUGUGUGUGUGUGUCCUCACCUGCCAUCUGCUGAUGCCCUCAGUGUGUGUGUGUGUGACCCUUCAGAGGCUACCUAACGGUUCCAUAGACGCCCACGACGAUGGCAGCAGGUCAGUGGAGCUGCAGGAGCUUCUGGAUCGGACCAAUCAUGAGCUGGCUCAGAGCCGUGAGCGUUCGGGCACGCUCAGUACACGAGUGGCAGAGCUGGAGGCGGAGCUAGCCAACACUCGCCGAGACCUGAGUCGCAGCGAGGAGCUGUCAGUCAAACAACAGAGGGAACAGAGAGAGGGGCUGGCGCAGAGGGAGGAUAUGGAGGAGCGGAUUACAACGUUAGAGAAACGUUACCUGGCCGCUCAGAGGGAAACCACCCACAUCCACGACCUCAACGACAAACUGGAGAACGAACUGGUUACCAAGGACUCUCUGCACCGACAGAGUGAGGAGAAGGUGCGCCAGCUGCAGGAGCUGUUAGAGUUGGCAGAGCAGAGGCUGGCUCAGACCAUGAGGAAGGCUGAGACACUACCAGAGGUGGAGGCAGAGUUGGCACAGAGGGUGGCAGCCCUCACCAAGGCCGAGGAGCGACAUGGCAAUGUUGAGGAGCGACUCAGACAGCUGGAGUCACAACUGGAGGAGAAGAACCAGGAACUGAGCAGGGCACGUCAGAGAGAGAAGAUGAAUGAAGAACACAACAAGCGUUUGUCUGACACAGUAGACCGUCUGCUCACUGAGUCUAACGAGAGACUGCAGCUUCACCUUAAAGAACGCAUGGCAGCACUGGAGGACAAGAACUCCCUGAUUCAGGAUCUGGAGAACUCCCAGAAACAGCUGGAGGAGUUCCACCACACCAGGGAGCGUCUGAUUGGUGAGAUUGAGAAGCUGCGGAAUGAGAUCGACCACUUGAAACGCCGGAGUGGAGUGUUUGGAGAUGGAUCACACCCACGGUCUCACAUGGGCAGUGCCAGUGACCUGCGUUUCUCAGUGGUAGAAGGGCAGGAUGGGCACUACAGCUCUGCUGUCAUCAGACGGGCACAGAAGGGCCGCCUGGCAGCGCUACGCAACGAACCCAACAAGGUGUGUGCGGUGUUUGAGCAGGAAUACUCGUCUCUACGUGGCAGUGUCAGUCACCUCCUGGGCAGUGACGUGGAGGCUGAGUCAGACCUAGAUGAUGAUGUUAGCUCCGUCCUCCUGUCACCCAGCGGCCAAUCAGAUGCACAGACUCUGGCUCUGAUGUUGCAGGAGCAGCUGGAUGCCAUCAACGAGGAGAUCAGGAUGAUCCAGGUGGAGAGGGAGUCUGCUGACCUCAGGGCAGAUGAGAUAGAGUCUCGUGUGAACAGUGGUAGCAUGGACGGACUCAACGUUACACUCCGCCCCCGAACCAUGCCCAGCUCAGCCACUGCCCAGUCCCUGGCUUCCUCCUCGUCCCCUCCCACCAGCGGACGCUCUACCCCCAAACACAACACCCACAACGCCAGCCACCAGCUGGGAAUCAUGACCCUGCCUAGCGACUUAAGGAAACACCGUAGAAAAAUAGCAUCUCCAGUGGAAGCUCGUGAGGACAAGGCUACUAUCAAGUGUGAGACGUCUCCCCCCUCCUCUCCCCGCAGUCUGAGACUGGAGACCAACUUCGCCCAGCUCACUGGCAGUCUGGAGGACGGACGAGGGGGUAAGGCGAAGAAGGGCAUCAAGUCAUCUAUAGGUCGUCUGUUUGGGAAGAGCAAGGAGAAGGGCAGGAUGGAGGGAGGAGGGACACUGGGGAGGGAGGGACAGCCUCUGCCUGCCCUGAUGCCGGGAGUAGACUUUGAGAUGAGCAUCGGAGACACCAUGACUCUGGGCAAGCUGGGCACGCAGGCAGAGAGAGACCGCAGGAUGAAGAAGAAACAUGAGCUGCUAGAGGAGGCCAGGAGGAGAGGACUGCCCUUCGCUCAGUGGGAUGGACCAACUGUGGUCUCCUGGCUAGAGUUGUGGGUGGGGAUGCCCGCCUGGUACGUGGCAGCGUGUCGUGCCAACGUGAAGAGCGGUGCCAUCAUGUCGGCCCUGUCGGACACAGAGAUCCAGAGGGAGAUUGGCAUCAGUAACCCCCUGCACCGCCUCAAACUGAGACUGGCCAUCCAGGAGAUGGUGUCCCUCACCAGUCCCUCUGCCCCGCUCACCUCUAGAACGUCCUCCGGAAAUGUGUGGUUAACCCAUGAAGAGAUGGAGAACCUGGCUUCCUCCACUAAAGCGGAGAAUGAGGAGGGCAGCUGGGCUCAGACUCUGGCAUACGGGGAUAUGAACCAUGAGUGGAUCGGUAAUGAGUGGCUGCCCAGCCUGGGUCUGCCUCAGUACCGCUCCUACUUCAUGGAGUGUCUGGUGGACGCCCGCAUGCUGGACCACCUCACCAAGAAAGACCUCCGCACCCACCUCAAGAUGGUUGACAGCUUCCACAGGGCCAGUCUGCAGUAUGGGAUUAUGUGCUUGAAGAGACUCAAUUACGACAGGAAAGACCUGGACCGUCGUAGAGAGGAGAGCAUGCACGACAUGAAAGAUGCGUUAGUGUGGACCAAUGAGCAGGUAGUGCACUGGGUCCAGAGUAUAGGUCUGAAGGACUACAAUACCAACCUGAUGGAGAGUGGAGUCCACGGGGCUCUCAUUGCUCUGGAUGAGACCUUCGACUACAGCAGCCUGGCUCUCAUACUGCAGAUCCCCAUGCAGAACACGCAGGCUCGGCAGGUUCUGGAGAGAGAGUUCAACAACGUCCUGGCCCUGGGUACUGACCGCAGACUGGAGGAGAGUGGGGAUGAUAAGACGUUCCGCCGCUCUCCAUCGUGGCGUAAGCGUUUCCGAGCGCGGGAGGGAGGAGGGGGAAUGGGCAUGAUGGCGGGCUCCAUGGAAACACUGCCCGCUGGGUUCCGUAUGCCCUCCAUGUCCAUGCCCCCACCGUCCAUGGCCCUGGUGCCCAGGAAACAGCUGCAACCAGAAGUUUAUUCCCAUGACCUGUAUGGACACAUGCUUGCGGCCUUUCGAGAGUGACAUGCCAAAUUUGGGAGAGAUCUUGACGUUAAGGGACCUGUAUCCAGCGUCACCUCUCACCUUCUCCGUGGGACACGUGCAAUUCGGAGGUGACCUCUGACUUUUUGACCUUUGAACUCUGAGCGUGCUCAUUGCCACACUCGCUGCUGUAAAGGAGACUCGGCCCAGUUGCUAUUCCCAGUAAACCCAGUACCCCUAGUAGCCUUGUUGUUGUGGUGUCGUGCUCCCGCAUAGUCCUAAUUCCUAAUAUGUCGGUUCUAGUCCUAAUUCUUUAUCUGUGGGUUCUAUUCCUAAUUCCUACUCUGUGGGUUCUAGUCCUAAUUCCGAAUCUGUGAGUACUAGUCCUAAUUCCUACUCUGUGGGUUCUAGUCCUAAUUCCGAAUCUGUGAGUACUAGUCCUAAUUCCUACUCUGUGGGUUCUAGUCCUAAUUCCGAAUCUGUGAGUACUAGUCCUAAUUCCUACUCUGUGGGUUCUAGUCCUAAUUCCGAAUCUCUGGGUUCUAGUCCUAAUUCCUACUCUGUGGGUUCUAGACCUAAUUGCUAAUUUGUGGGUUCUAGUCUAACUCUACUCUAGCUCCUGGGUGUUUUCCACCUACACGUCGUCCCCUCGGUUAUGCAAGGUAUUAAUCAUUUAUUGUCUCUCUGUAAAUAAAAUGGAUGACAUAUGUUUUUUUAUAUAAAUAUAUAUAAAUAUAUAUAUUGGAAUUAUAUAUGGAGAAUAUUAUAAUAUCAUUGCUGUAUGAAACCCAAUGCCCUGUAUUCGGUGGUGACUGUUCUAUUUGUGUGUUGGACCUCUGUGUGUCUUAUAUGCUGUCAGUGUCUGGAGUUAUAUGAAGGACUCACUAAGCAGGGGCCUGUUACUCUAUGUGAUACUACUACUAUGAUUCUCAGCCACAGGUUCUUGGGUCCAGACCUAAACGGUUCAGUUACCUUUCCUGCCUUUUAUCCCCUACUUUCCUUCUCUCUUUUCAUAUCUCCUAUCCUCCUUUCCCAUCUCCUUUUCUCCUUUCCUCCUGCUCUUUCCUAUCUCCACUUGUUUCCUUCCUCUAUUUGACACUGAUGUAGCUACCAUGAGUAGAGUAGGUGAUCCUGUAGAUAUGAGAGGAUACAGGAUGAGCUGUGUGUGUAAGUGAAAGCAAUAGGCUCCAAUAUUUGAGACUUAAGGGAAACAGCAUGUUACGAAAGCCAAACCCUAGACCAACCUCCAUGGAUGGAUGGUGUUGUUUUUCUCUACUUCGUUUCAAAUCAAACAGUAAAUUGCUGCUAGGCAUCAGCCAAACGAAAAUCCUCACAAACAGGACACCUGACAGAGACAGUGAUGAUGCCAUAUAUGGACUUUUCCCCUGCCGCCCCUUUCCUGUCCAGUUGCCAUGGGGAUGUGAAAGUGGCCAAUGAUGCUGCCCGAGCACUAGCACGUGUUGUGUGUAUGACCUCCUCUCCUCCAAUGAGAGAGCUCUGUCAGUGAACUAGUGAAGUGUUGGAUGGGUGUAUUUCUUUUGAUUUUACAGCCAAUGUUUUAAAGGUGUCUAAAAGAUGUAAUGUGUUACUGUGGCAGCUACGAGUACUGUGUGUGUAUUUAUUCCAGGUGUGAAAUGAUGCUGACAAAUCAAGAUUUUAUUAUUUGGCUAUUUAAAAAGUGUAUUGUAUUUAUGACACUAUAGACAUAAGUAAAGCUGUUUUUUGUAAAGAUAAA